CGUGGCCCAGCUCUGACUGAGUUGGGAUAACAGUGGUGGAGGCUGCUUGGGAACUUCAGGAAUGCAUCCUGGGAAAAUACUGAUGCAAACAACGUCCCCACUUUCUCGUUAUUAUCAGUAAAUACGCGUUUGUGUCAUAGAUAAGCGGAAUAGAGCAGUAUUUGUCUACAGGCAGUACGAUGAUCGCGUGAUGUUUUAUGUUUUUCAUAAACUCGUCGCGAAAGUUUUUGCCGCUAACCUGCGCGUCUCUCCAUCCUUUAUUUCUCAAGUAUGUCAUGUUUGAUGCUUUAACGUUGGAUGCAGAAGACCAGUUUGUGGCUGUAAACACAUACACACAUGCUACUGGUGAAGUUUGCAUAAGGACACACCUGGAAUAAUCUUUCAUCUUGGGAUUUAAAAUGAAAGUAACAGUGACUUUUGGAAGGACCGGUGUGGUCGUCCCGUGUAAGGAAGGAUGGACAGUUCGUGAUCUCAUCCAGCAAGCCACCCAGAGAUACAGAAAACUGCUGGAGCAGGAGGGAGAUUUCCUGGUACGAACUCACCAUGUUGAAUACUGUGAUGGGGGAAUUCUCGACCCUGAUGAUGUGCUAACAGAUCUGGUGGAAGACAAGGACAGGCUGAUCGCUGUGUAUGAGGAACAGGAAGCCCAGCAGGGGACCGCCGUGAGUCCCAGGAACGGAACAGGAAGCUGCUUAACGGGACAGUCCAGUCCAGAACCGUACGACUCUGAACUCGCCUGCUUCCAGCCAAUCAAAGGAGGAGAAAUUGAAGUCAACUCCUCUGCCCUCAAAUCCAGUACUCCUUUGUUGGUACGGAGCAGCAGUGAUUCAGCCCUUGCAGCCUCUCAGAUGGAGGAUCUGAAUGACAGAGCCACGGGAAUGCACAUUCAAACUGACAUGGGCUAUUCUGGCGAGGUGUCCGACUGCAACAACUCUGACCAUAUUAAUCUCAGCAGCCUCACAAAGACCGUGGAGAUUUCAGGAGAACAAGGGCCUUUAGGAAUACACGUGGUUCCUUACUGUUCCUCUCUCAGUGGAAGGGCUCUGGGCCUGCACAUUCGAGGCGUGGAGGAAAACAGUCGCUCCAAAAGGGAAGGAUUCUUUCAGGAUGAUGAGUGUAUUGUCAAAAUCAAUGAUUCUGAAUUAUUGGACAAAUCUUUUUCACAAGCACAGGAAAUAUUUCGCCAAGCCAUGCGUUCACCCAAUAUUCGUUUAGAAGUCAUACCAGUCAUUAAUAAAGAUCGCUACGAGAAGGGUCUGAUCAGUCACCUUUUCAACUCACAAAACCGUGACGCAUCAACACGGACCAAAGAUCCUCCGCCGCUGAAGGUGAAGCCCAUUGUGCGGCCCACGGAGAUGUCCUCGGGAUGGCAAGCUGAGCUCCAAGAGUCUAGCAGCAGUCUAGAGAGUCACUCUCUAGGAUCUUCAUUACCCCUCAGCAUCUCGCCCGUCCCCAGGAGCAAGAAUAGUGAGAGUCCCCUUCUAAAAAAGAACGUAGGACCAUCACUUCUGCAAAACCAGUUCAAAAAGAGCGGAAAGAGAAUCAGAAUCGACCUAAAGAAAGGUCCUGAAGGACUGGGCUUCACGGUUGUGACCAGAGAUUCUUCAGUACAUGGACCCGGGCCCAUCCUGGUCAAAAACAUCCUACCCAGAGGCGCUGCAGUCAAAGAUGGCCGCCUGCAGUCAGGUGACAGGAUCCUGGAAGUUAACGGUGUGGACAUUGCGGGUCAUACACAAGAGGAACUGGUGGCCAUGUUACGCAGUACUAAACAAGGCGAAAGUGUCUGUCUAGUUGUGGCCAGACAAGAAGACAUGUUCCUGCCACGGGAACUGAAAGAGGAGCAGGCACGCUUGCUGUUGUCUGAAGAAGGGAAGGAGCAGCUGAUGUUCGAGGUUCCUCUCAAUGACUCUGGUUCAGCCGGGUUAGGGGUCAGCCUGAAGGGUAAUAAGUCUCGUGAGACCGGAGAGGACCUGGGCAUCUUCAUCAAGUCCAUCAUCCAUGGAGGAGCAGCUUUUAAGGAUGGGCGUCUACGUGUCAAUGACCAACUUAUUGCCGUCAAUGGUGAAACACUUUUGGGGAAGUCCAACCAUGAGGCCAUGGAGACCCUGCGGAGAUCAAUGUCCAUGGAAGGGAACCUCAGAGGAAUGAUCCAACUGGUGAUACUCCGUGUUGUUCCACCACUUAAUCAGGAGUUCCAGGAAACGCGGCGGAUUCUCAAUCGAUCCUUUGAUAGCUGCGUGGGACAGGCGGGGCACCUCGGCCAAUCGGACGACGGCGUUCAGCCCCCCAUGGUGAUGAACAGCAUCUACGAGAGAUGUGCGGUUCCGAAUGGGGGAUACGGUCACGUGGUAGAGGGGGAGGAUGAAGGGUUGGUCGCUAAUCCGCAGAGGCAGGACAGUCUGAAACUCCAGCAGAGUGUGAAUUCAAGUCUUCGUUCAGCUGACGCGUCUGUGACUGACGGGGUUAAGAAGACUCAUAUGGAGCAGAAUCAUGUGAAGUCUUCUAAGAGCAUGGAUCUGGGGAGUGAAGGGGUUGAAUUGGGACCCACGUUAGGUCUGAAGAAGUCCAGCUCUCUAGAGAGUCUACAGACUGCCAUGACUGAGGCCAAGAAAAACGAGCUGCUGUCCUUUCACAGGCCCCGCCCUCACAUGGUCAGGGGGCGUGGCUGCAACGAGAGCUUCCGUGCAGCUAUCGACAAAUCCUACGAUGGGCCACCAGAGGAUGAGGACGAUGAUGGUUCGGAUCAGAGUUCUGGACGAGACACUCCUGCCAGUGGUUCCUCCAGACAAGGCGCAGGAGACAAUGAGGAAAACAAGAAGGACAAGAAGAAGAAGGUCAAAGGCAAGAAAAAAGACAAGUUGAAGAGCAAAGGAAAGGAGAAAGAAAAGAAGAAAACAGAGGAGGCCAGUGAUGAGCUGGAUAAGAAGACCAAGAAGAAAGGUUUUGGGCUGCUAAGAUUUGGAAAGAAGAAAGAAGAGAAGUGCAAGACGGAUACAAAAAUGAAUGUGCAGAAGCAGAUGUCAGAAAUUCUGAGUGAGGAAGAGUUGGAAAGGAUGAAGGAGGAAAGAGAAAGAAUUGAGGCCAAGCACCAGGAACUGAGGGAUCGGCAAGUUCGAGAUCGUUUUUCCCCACCUGACGUAGAAGACGACGACCAUGAUCCAAACUACGCCCGUAUCAACACCUUCAGGGAGCGCGGCUCACCUUCUCAGCCCAUUUAUGGUAACCGCAGUCCCUCCCCACAGAGACCCCCGAUGCCAGUGUCACACAGCAGAGAUCCGUCCACAGAAGACCCUCUGGAUGGUCUGUAUGCCAAAGUCAACAAACAACGAAGCCCACCAACCCCUGCAGCAGACAGCAGUAUGGAGCGUAUCCAGCAGCUGAGGAGGGAGUAUCUCCAGGCCCGUAGAGAAGGAGCAGCUCCUGCCUACGAGGAUGUGGAGGCCCGGCGGAGAGGUCCAGAAUAUGAACCGCACAGAAUGCCUGUGAGAAACCCUGACCCCAGAUUGGCACCCCGUUAUGAGGACGUAGAGCGACAAUACGCCUCCCUGCCCAGAAGACCACCAGAAACAAAUGAGUAUCCAGUACAGCCAUGGGCUGGGCACAGGGACCCUGCACACUACCCAAACCCACAGUCGGGCUACCACCCCAACUACCCCCCCAGAGAUAACUACCCUCGUUCUGCAGACCCUCGGGUUGACUCUGGGUUCUAUCAUCCUCCUCCGCAGCAGAGGGGUCCGCUUCGGCAGGACGUGCCCCCUUCUCCCACUAUUCCCCCUAGGGUCCCUCGGUACGACACCAUGAACCGCGGCGGAUACCGGAACACCAGCCCGGAACGCUUUGCGUACGGAGAGGCGCGGCAUUCGGACCCGAGGCAGAAAAACCCUAUGACUGCAGCUGUUUAACCUUUUUAUUACUUUUCCUGUGUACAAUGUUUAUACUGUAAGCACCAAUCAUGAAUAUAGACAUGUUUUACUAACAAUUUCAUAUUCUCUGUUUGUCUGCCAAAGCUACAUCUUUGAAUUGUAAUGAUGCAGUGGUCAUAGGGAUAAUCAUUAAUGAACCCUGCUGCACUUUUAAAGUGUUUCUUAUUUGUGCACCUGUGUAUUACUUCUAUGUAUGCGUGUGUGUGUGCGUGCGUCGGGAUGAGUUAUGAUCAAUACUACUUUUAUUAACACGAUACUAUACAAUCUUUACAGUAAAACUGUGAAACGUACAUAAAUGUGUGGUAAAGAGUUUAAAGAUGAAGGGUGUUGGGUACGUUUGAGCACUCCGUAUGCUUCUUGAAUGAAGCCUUACUUUUCUAUGACUAUUUGACUCCACAUGGUCACCAGUCAAUCGCUUUGUGAUCCUGCAAGUGAAAGACUUUAAUGUUGAAUGACACUUUAUAAGUGAAUAUCAGUAAGUCUUAAGUAUUUCUCUUACGUGACACAGUACAGCCUUAUGCUUAAACCGUCCCAUAUGUGACUAUAUUAUAUAAACAGAGAAAGAUGAAGAGAAUGAGCUUGUUUGUCAGGAAGAGGAAAGGAGCGUCCAAAGAACCUCUGACACAGAGGAAGGAUGAGAUGGGGCAGAUCUUUACCCCAUCAGCCGUGAAUCUGGGCUUACAGCGUUCCCACCUGAAGCCACACCUAUCACAUUUUAACAUUUGGAAUGAGCCGUCGUAUUAACCUGCAAAAAUAAAUUGUUUAGGCACUUCGAAUGUUUUCUAGUUUAAAGUGUUUAUGUAUUUUUUCUAUAUACUAUUUCACCUGUUUAAUAAUUACUUUUUUACUUACGGUACAAAAGGCCCUCUCUGCCUUCAGAGUUCAGGUUAACAUGCAAGUAUUAUUGACCGUAGCAUGUAAUAAUCACGUCAAACACAUAUGUAGCUUUUACAUAACUAAAUGAUUUGUGCACCUAGUAUCAGUGCAUACAUUAAUACCAUGUAAAAAAAACUUGUCUUUUGUAUGACACAUUUACAAUAAAUAUGCAUUUGAAAUAA